AAAUUUUCGAAUUAGCAGUUAGCUUUUCCGUAAAUCCUUGUUGAACUCUUCGUUUCGGAAUGAGUAUUCAGGGUAACUUAGGCACUUUCAUGGUGUCCACUUGGGUUUACACUGUUAACGAUGGCACACCAGGACAAAGAUGCUUGGCGCGACAGACUCCGGCGAUACUUGGACGACCCAGCCGAGCACGCCGAUGUGAUUACCUACGACGACGAGUUCGUCGUAGUUCAGGACAAGUACCCUAAGGCUACUGUGCACUUCCUCGUCAUUCCUCGCCAAGUGCUGUCGAUGGGAGUGGGUGACCUCGAUCGAGAGCACCUGCCGCUUCUGCGCCGCAUGGCGGACCUCGUGGCGCCAUUAACCGCUUCGUUUCCGGACCUACAAGUGGGCUUCCACGCGGUUCCGUCGAUGCGGCAAUUGCACUUGCACGUUGUCUCGACCGACUUCUCGUCUCCGUCGCUCAAGCAUAAAAAGCACUGGCAUUCGUUCACCACCACUUUCUUUAAACCCCUAGCCGAUGUGUUAUCAACCAUCGACUCGACAGGCCAGAUGGCCGUGCGUUGCGUACGAGAACGCGAAUUGCUCGAGGCAACGAUGAUCGUGUGCAAUCAGUGUGCUACCACGUUCAAGACCUUGCCGCAGCUCAAACGUCAUCUCAUAUCCGUGCAUCCUGCGACGGUGUCCCUGGACGCUGUCAAGCAGCUUUUGUCGACGAUUUUCUCAAAGAAACGAACCGCCACCAAUGCUCCAGUCGAGGUCCCAUCACCCAAGCGCCAAGCUCACGCCUCUCCGACUGCCACGUCAGUCACACAAUGAACCAUGUUAAAACCUCAUCUGAUUGGCAUACCGUUAACAUGUAAUAAGGCUACCGAGAAUAAG